AUGACGACUCUCAGACCUUUUAGAUGCGAUGAUAUGUUUCGCUUUAGUAACGUGUAAGUAUCAGGACGCGUUUUUUUCAAGUAUUGUCCCAAACAAUAGAAGCCUUUCUGCUUAAUGUGACAGCAAUCUCAUGUAUUCUUACCCUGAUCAUUUAGAUAUCCCUGGAUUUUUAUACUUAAUCAAUGUUUUUAUCUAGCCUUCUUAGAAGUUUUAAUUGGUUUUCGAGAGUUAUGCUACGUGUGCGUCACUCUGGCCCCCUUUGCAAUUUUGUGUUUAGGAGGUUUUUGCAGUAGACUUGCACCACAUGCCUAGUUAGCCUGAAGCCCCACCAAGAUCUUCAGAUCACUAAUUAUCCUGACUUUUAAAACUCAUGUUGUUGCUUACAGUAAUAUAAGGUUUAGUAGGUAUCAGGAAAAUGAGACCAACAGAGUAUCAGCCACCCAGUGUGUUCAUCUUUAAGAUGUUUCUCCUUUCUUUUUAGUUUUAGUUCCAAGCCAUGCUUCAUGUCCCUAUCAUCAGCCACCCCCUGAGGGGGACCCUGAGCAAGGAGGGAACUUUGUAAAUGACCCCGUGAAAUUGCCUAAUUUCUCCUCCUUGACGGGGGCACAGAGCAAUCUUAGUUAAGAAAUUUCCCUAACUAGAGGGGUGUCGUAUUGAACAACAUGAAACCACUGAAUACUUAAGAUGUCAUUUAUUAUAUUUACCCAGCCCACCUCAGGUGUGGAUCCACACCAGUUUCCACUGUUUUACGUAAAUCAGUCAGAUUUUUCAUGAUAAAUUUUUUUUUGAUAAUAAAAACUUUCCAAGUUGAAAUUUUAAGAAAUUUUUGGACUUGCCUUGCUUUAUAUGCACUACAAUAUGGAUGUUGACCUUGACAAAAUGAUCAGCCCAUGGACAAGGAUUUAUCUGAGGAGAAUGGAACUGGCCAAUAUCUUGUUUGAAUGACUUAGAAACCCAGGAAAGGGGACUUAAGGGAGUUAAAAUCCAAAACAUUUCCCAAGAAUAAGAAACUUGCACCCUUGGUGCUUUUUUUAGGAAAUUGGUCAAUAUUAUUCUAGAUCUGCAACUGCACCUGAUUAAUUCUUUACCCUUAAAUGGAUUUACAUAACAGUACCUAAGAUUAUGUAGUCUGCUGAGUCGGCAAAUGAUUCCACCACGAGGAGAAAGGUAAGCCCACUAUCUUCUGGAUGAGUGGUCUAUAUAUCCUUGAUUUAAGAUUGACCUAAUUUCUUUAAAGUCCCUGGUUCCCUGUGGUGCAAACCUGUUGUAAACCUAACCUCCCUCAUUUAUCCCACCUCCAGGUAAAAUAAUCUUUCAAAUUCCCCUAUAAUUCCCUGUACAAUUUGCCUGGAGUUCCCCCAUCCAGGGGAUGGUCAAUUAUAGGUGCAUUCUAUUCAUGGUAGCAAAAUGACUCAUAGAUCUGACAGACAAUGUUUAAUAUGUACUAAUAGUCAAUUGUCUUCUUUUAUGUUGCCUAUGAAAACUGUUGUGUUUGUUUUUCUUUCCAGGAACUUGGAUCCAUUGACAGAAACAGUAUCUUCAUAUUAUUUAAGGCUAUCACAUUUACAAAUAGUAAAUAGAAAAUCAUGAUAGUUGUUUUCAAAUGUAUGGUUUGGAUUUUUUAGAAUUAGGAAAUUGAUAAACAGAUUCAAAAGCUGACAUUUCAACUACUCACCAUUUUGUCAUAGUUUGUAUGUUGCAUGUACUAGCAGCUCUUACACAAACCAUUCAAUAAAAUGUAGUGUUCAUUAUCAUAUCCUUAACAUUAGCAUAGUAUGGGUUAGCAUUUUAUCUCCAGUAUCUGGCACACUGGCCUGAAUAUUUCCAAGUGGUUGAAUCCCCAACUGGACAAAUUAUGGGUUACAGUAAGUGAUUCUUUUGUCAUUUCCCUGAUCAAUAUAUUGGUCUCUUGUUGAUUUUCACCUGUGAAGAUAUCAUGUUUUCACAUGAAAGCUCACCUGUUAUUCCAUUGCAUUCGGGGGAACAAGGGUGGCACAGUGGUGACAGUACUCGACUCCCACCAAUGUAGCCUGGGUUUGAGUCCUGGCAUCGACGCCACAUGUGGGUUGAGUUUGUUGUUGGUUCUCUCCUUUGCUCCAAAAGGUUUUUCUCUCGGUGCUCCGGUUUUCCCCUCACCUCAAAACCAACUUUUCUAGAUUCCAAUUUGACCAGGAUUCAGGUUGAUGAAAAACCACCUAGUGGAAUUGCUACCUCUAAGUCGUUAUGUAUUCAUUAAUAUACAUUGUGUUAUUGCUAGUUAUGGGGAAAGCUGAAGGCAGUGUGCAGCAAGAAGAGUGGCAUGGCCAUGUUACCGCAGUAACUGUCGCUCCUGAAUACCGCAGACUGGGACUUGCAGCGAGACUGAUGUCAAACUUGGAGGAAAUCUCAGAGAAGUAUAUUUGUGGCAAUAUUAAGAUUAUAAUUGCCUCUGAAUAAAAUAAAUCUUGUUUGUUUUUCAGUUUGUGCUAAGCUUUUCUGUUAAGAAAUCUUCCUAAUAAUGAAGCAUGCACAAAUACAAUCCUAUUAAUUCAAACUCUUUAAACAAAUUUAAAAUGUAACAUUUCUCACUCUUGAUAAUGAUGUUUGAAACAACCAAACGUUGAGUAACGUUUUUAAGUUUCAUUUUUCUUGUUAAAUGCUUCAACAAGCAACUGACUAUUGGAACUUUUUUGUGACAAAUAAUGGCAUAAUGAGUUUAAAAGAGCUAUUUGUCCUUUUUUUUUAGGAAAGACGCAUAUUUUGUUGACUUGUUUGUUCGUAUGAGCAAUAAUGUUGCUGUUGACAUGUAUAAGCAGCUUGGUUAUGUCAUUUAUCGCCGAGUACUAGAAUACUAUUCUGGUGAUCCUGAUGAGGAUGCCUAUGGUGAGGGCCUUUAAACCUUGUACUGUUGAGGGUCAGGACAGUCAUGGUCACACUUUAGGAUUUCAUCCACAGACUAAAAAUUAAGAACCACCUUGUAUAGCACAAUAAACAGUACCACAGGAAAGUACUGCUCAGUAGCUUUCAUUUGAAUGGUCACACUUGAGGAAUUCAUCCACAUAUGCAAAAGUGAGAACCACCUUGUACAGCAUAAUAAACAGUACCACAGGAAAGCACUGCUCAGUAGCUUUCGUUUGUAUGGUCACACUUUAGGAUUUCUUCAACAGACUCAAAAGUUAGAACCAGCUUGAAAACACUAGAAAUUACUGCUCAUAAACAGUAACACAGGAAAGCAAUACUCCGUAGCUUCCAUUUUGAUGUUUAAGGGUUUUGUCAAGACAUUUGAUGGUGGCUUACAUGAAACUACUUUUUGUCCUUAGACAUGCGCAAAGCAUUAUCGCGUGACAAAGAAAAGAAGUCAGUGAUUCCAAUGAAAGAUCCUGUCAGACCUGAGGACAUUGAAUAA